UGUUAUCAAAACUUAAAAAAUAAACGAGCCGAGAUUCUCGAUUAGAUAGAACUUGUAUUGUAAUGGUCUGUAAUGAUUAUUCAAUGACUUGCAUCUUUUUGUGGUUUAGCGUUUUGUAUUAAGACCCAAGACUUCAUUCCACCAUUUGUGUUAAGUGCGUUUUAUAGAAAAAUGGCUCCCGAACCAAGAAAAGGCGAAAGGAAACCUAAAGAAGUAGACCAUUAUGCUCCAUUAUCUCCACCACCAAUCUUAGACAUCACUGAUGAUGAGUUAGUGACAAUUUCAGUGAGGGAUCUGAAUCGGACCCUCAAAUUAAGAGGCCUUACAAGAGAGGAAAUCGUUAAAAUGAAACAAAGAAGGCGAACACUCAAGAACAGAGGGUACGCCGCCUCAUGUAGGAUAAAACGCAUAGAGCAAAAAGACGAGUUAGAAGUAGAAAAAACACAGGAAUGGAGGGAUAUGGAACUAAUGCAAGAAGAAUUGGUCAAGAUGAAAGAAGAAAUGACAGGGAUACGAGGCAGAUAUGAGGCUUUGAAAAGAUUUGCGGCUACCAAUGAUAUUCACAUUCCACCUGAGCUGCAGCAUAUAUGAUAUUUUUAAAUUAUUUUAUUUAUAUGUAUAGGUUUAAGUGAAUUAUUUUUAAGAGUGUAAAAGUAUUGUAUAUAUAAAUUUAGAAAAAAAUGCAUUAAAUCAG